AUUCCAUUCUGAUUCACUCUUGUGUUUAACCCAAUUCUAAUUUAAGACCUAAGUUACUAGAAUUCUACUUCAUAAGUACCAUCAGUAUAUGCUUUUUUUAGCGUUAGUUACACCUGGAUUUAUCCCUUUUUAAAGAAUAUUCAUUCUGUUCAUCUAUCUUUUCCCUGUACUAUUUCCUCGGACCGAGCCAACAACCUUUUUGGUAGUUUAUAACCAUGGCGCGAACCAAACAGCAAAUGAAGCCUCCUCAAAAGGCUCGUAAAUCAGUUACUCCAUGGAAGGAUUUGAAACGUAAAUUGGAAACCAAACGGGGCAAAGGCUCCGGUAAAGGCCUUAAACCUGCUGAAGCAGCGGAUGCUGGUGUAAAAAGGAGACAUCGAUAUCGACCUGGCACAGUUGCCUUAAGAGAAAUCCGACGAUACCAAAAGCGCACCGAGUUAUUGGUGCCCAGACUACCAUUCCAGCGUUUGGUUCGUGAAAUUGCUCAUCAGUUUGAAUACGAGGAACUCAAAUUUCAAUCAGCUGCUCUCAGUGCUCUUCAAGAAGCUGCAGAGGCCUAUCUUGUCCGUCUUUUUGAGGACACACAGCUUUGUGCUAUUCAUGCUAAAAGAAUAACCAUCAUGGCUAGGGACAUGCAAUUAGCAUUGCGCAUUAGAGGUGAACGAAUCGGCUAAACGACGAUAAUUUGUUGUACAAGGGAUUUCUGUAAAGUUCUGUUUCAUUUUCAUAUUCACACAACAAACUGAGGAGUAUCUUUUCUGAUCUCAACCAUCAAAUUGACUUCCAAGACUUAUUUUUCAAAUGCCAAAAAGACUAUCAGUUACUCGCAAAACUCCAAUCCGUCGAUCAAUUAAUAGUACCACCGCUUAAACUACUAUUUUCAACAAAAUGGUCAAGUUUUCAAUCCCUAAUCAAAUCUUCACUAUGCCUUCUGUUUCUCCAUUCACCAUCAUGGUCUACAACUUCUCUAGACUUGCUCUAGCCACUUCUCCUAUAUCAAAAAUGAAUGAAUCUCGGCCAUUAAAUGCAGAGUUUUCUUCAAUCAAAUUUUUUCUAUCCGAGAGUUGUGUAUCGGACAAGUCAGAAGACUCCACUAAACGUGAUACUUCAAGACAAUUUAUAAGGAUUUGAAGCAAUCAUUAUAGAACCUUAACUUAUCCUUAAUUUAUCCAUCUAAUUUAACAAGUCGACUUGGACAAACUAAUUUAACAACAUUGUCGAAUGGAAGAUAGCAUUGAACAUUUGGAUUGUUAUCACAGAUGAUCAGCAAAGUAACUUUAGGCCUUUUUAAUUGAUCGAUAGAUUUUCAUUACAUUGAUUUUUAGAUAACACUCACGUUUUGUAAGUCAACAUGUUGUAAUCCAAACGAUAGAUAAUAUCGUCUUGUAUCAAAUUUUUUAAAUACAAAUUACAUCAUAAUCUGUCAUUA